CCGAGCCUACGUCUACCAGGAUGCGCAAGUUGAGUAGAUCUAUGGUUUGGUCUAUUCAUUUUAUGCUUCCAAGUCUUUCUAAAGUUUCUUGCGCGUUUGGUCCGUCGUCUUGGGCCGCCUUUCGGCUAACCGCAGGAUGAUUCGCGGGGUUCAGUCGCGAUACUACCUCACCCCAAAGCGAGGUGAAAGGUUUGGUAGGCCCGACCGCGUGGUGCCUAGGCCAUCGGGUUGAGUAUAAGUACCCUAUUUAUAAUGAUGGCGGUCGGCCGACGGUCGAUAACGGUGUCAUCUCUUCUGCUUCCGGACUUUUGAAGUUGCCCUUGUCAUCACUUAUUCCACCCACGAGCGAUAUUGCGGAUCUUCCACAAACAUGGUGUCAGAAUUCAUUAUUAAGGAUGAGGAUCUGGCGCGCAUAAAGGACAAGGUUGUCCUGGUCACCGGUGGAUCGUCAGGUAUCGGUCUGGCUACCGUAGAGCUCCUCGUCUCGCUCGGUGCACGCGUCGCGAUGGGGGACCGGAACCCGCUGCCCGCGAGUCUCGAUUCCGCCGGCGUCUUUUACCAGCAGCUGGACGUGACGUCGUGGGAAUCACUGCUCAGCAUCUUCAAAAACGUCCACGAGAAGUGGGGGCGGGUGGACCAUGUCUUCGCCAACGCGGGCCUCUCGCUGACCAGCACCUUCUUUGAUGACGAGGUUGACAGUGACGGGAACCUUACUCCACCGAAUUUCAGGACAGUGAACGUGAAUCUCCUGGGAGUGAUCUCCACCGUCCGUCUCGCUGCUCAUUACAUCAAGAAGCAUGGCGAUGGCGGCAGCGUAGUGCUCACUGCCAGCGGGUCAAGCUUCCAAGAAUUCCCCGUUCCCGACUACACGACCGCUAAACAUGGCGUCCUCGGCUUCCAACGCUCCAUCAUCCCCCACCUCAAACCGUUCAACAUCCGCGUCAACUCCAUCGCCCCCUCAUGGACCGCCACGGGCCUGGUCCCCGAAGAACUGCGUGUAGCGCUCGGUGAUAUGAUGCAGGGGCCGGAGGUGGUCGCGAGAAGCACAGCCAACUUGAUGGCCGACUCGAGCCGGGAUGGGCAGCUGAUUUAUAGCUGGCAGGGCCGGCACAUGGAGAUCGAACGGGCGGAAGGGGGGCUGUUGGAUCACGUACGAAAGCUCCUGGGCGUGGAGAUAGGAGGGACGGACGGGGAGAAGCUGGAGGCGGCGUUGAAAGGGUCCAUUCCUGGGGUACCUGUGGCGCCGCACGCACGUAUUGGCUGAGCUGCGAGCAGGAAACUUGGGAAGUCGAACGAUAGCAGGCCGAAGUAGGAGUUGAUACAUAUACCAGGCCAAUACUGUGUGCCGCAAUCCAGCUUUCGAUAUGUACAGCGACAUGAACAUCCGUGCAAAAUAUAUA